CCGCUGGGCGCCGUCUUCUUCCUCCAGAACCGACUGCUGGCCCGAUCCAGCUGCCUUGACUCUGUCGUUCCAAGGCGCAAUUCCCGGGCAACCUCAACCUCAUCCUCAACCUCGCCCUCAAAUUCAACCCCGACAACCCCGCCACCAAACUUCACGUCGCAGACGCCUCAAUCGCUCGAAGACCUCGCUCCUCACCGCCGACGACAAGCCCGCAAGCAAGCCCUCGCCCAAUCUACGUCCUCCGAAGCUCCUCUGCCUCCCGAUGCCUCCUCCCUCCUCACCUCAGCCGCGGCGUCGCAGCCCAAAGACUCCCUCCGCCGAACGAUUUCCACCUUCCUGUCCCUCUCAAAGCCCCGCCUGACGGUCCUCGUCGUCUUGUCGGCCAUGGCGCCGUACGCGCUGUAUCCGGUGCCCGAGAUGCUGACGCCGACAAUGACCGAGACGCCUAGCCUGAGCCCAUUGACGCUCUUCUUCCUGACCACGGGAACUGCGCUGUGCUCUGCGAGCGCAAAUACGCUGAACAUGCUCUACGAGCCUUCAACCGAUGCCAAGAUGUCGAGAACAAGGAAUAGGCCGUUGGUCAGGGGUCUGGUUUCGAACCGAGCAGCGGCAUUGUUUGCCAUGCUCUGUGGGGUCGGCGGUGCUGCAGCCCUUUAUUUCGGCGUCAACCCCACCGUCUCAUUCCUGGGUCUUUCAAACAUUGUUCUUUACGCCGGCAUCUACACGCCUUUGAAAGCUGUGACUGUGUUCAACACCUGGGUCGGCGCAGUCGUUGGCGGGAUCCCGCCAUUGAUGGGCUGGGCUGCCGCAGCAGGCGAAGCUGCAACAAAGGACGGAUCCUGGAGAGAGCUGCUUCUGGCCAGUGACGGAUCGUCCAUUGGUGGCUGGCUGCUCGCCGGUCUUCUUUUUGCCUGGCAGUUUCCCCAUUUCAUGGCUUUGAGCUGGCCCAUCCGCGAGGAAUACAAAGCCGCAGGCCUGCGCAUGCUCGCGUGGACGAAUCCGGCCCGAAACGCGCGUGUCGCUUUGAGAUACAGUCUCGCCUUCUUCCCCCUGUGCUUUGGCCUUUGUGCCGCCGGCGUGACGGACUGGUCCUUUGCCGUGACCAGUCUGCCCAUCAACCUCUGGCUGGCCCGUGAGGCUGUCCGCUUCUGGAAGUACGAAGGGCACAAAGGGAGCGCACGGGGCCUCUUCUGGGCCAGCGUUUGGCAUCUGCCCGGCGUCAUGAUUCUCGCACUGCUGCACAAGAAGGGCAUGUGGAGUCGAGCCUGGAGGAGCGUCUUUGGAGAGGACGAG